AUGUUUAACUUAAUAAGUGUUGGUAUUUGCUUCGGAGUAUAUUUUAUAACAUUGUUCAACGGAAUCGAUUGUCAAGUUGAUAAAACUGAAGCUGAUUGCGGGGAGAAUGAAAUUUUUUGUAAAAGUUAUUCUGAUCUAAGACCAAACGGUCUUGCAAGGUCUGAUAACCCAAGUUGUAUACCCAAGGAGUUAGUAUGUCAAACUGAAAAAGUUUAUUGCGCCCCUCCCAGCUAUUUAUACCUUUCAGAAAAAUGCAGUUCUAUUGUAUGUAACCAAACCCAAUAUCAAUGUGCCUGCGGAGGCUGUAUACCUUUAUCUUCUAGAUGUAAUUCUAUAGCUGAAUGUUUUGAUGCUUCAGAUGAACAGUUUUGCAAAGACAAUCGAGCAACAGUAAAGUGCCCAACAAAGAGGCAGGUAUCUUGCCUAUCUGGAGAAUGUAUUAAAAAAAAUGGUAUAUGUGACGGUAUUAGGGAUUGUAAUGAUAACUCAGAUGAAACAUUUUCAUUAUGCUUUAAUAACAGGUGUCCCAGCAGUACUUUCAAAUGUACUUAUGGAGCAUGUAUUGAUUCAGAAGCAGUAUGUAAUGGAGAACCUGAUUGUAUUGACUACUCUGAUGAAUUGCUGCCAGAAUGCAAAACCAAGUUAAACGUAACUUCUUCAGAUUUAAUUUGUGGGGAAUACAAUUUCAAAUGUAACAGUGGUUUAUGCAUCAAAAAAGAAAAACUAUGCGACAGUUUUCUAGAUUGUGAUGAUGGUUCCGACGAAACGUAUCGGGCAUGUAAGAAUAAAACAUGUUCCAAUAAUUUAUUUCAAUGUGCAUAUGGAGCUUGUGUUGAAUUAGAAGCGCAAUGUAAUGGAAAAAAUGACUGUGUUGAUGGCACCGACGAAUUUGGCUGUUGUGGGAAAGACAAAUUCGAUUGUUUGGAUAGAAACCUGUUUUUCACAAAUAAGAAUAGAUGUAUUAAGAAAGAAAAAUUGUGUGAUGGUAUUCGAGAUUGUGAUAAUGGAUUGGACGAAAUGGAUUCUCAAUGCAAAAAUAAAACUCGAGGUCGGAAAACCAGAUGUUAUUUCCCAGAUCAACCAGACAAUGGCGUUGUGAAGACAUCUUUGGGAAUGAUACCGCAACCAAAUAAACCUGCUGAAAAUGGAACUAUUUUAUUUUAUACCUGUAAUGAGGGCUACUCUUUAGAUACAACAUCUCAAGCAGUGGUAUGUGUGCAAGAUAGCUGGACAGUUUAUCCAUUACCAGCUUGCUUAAAAAAAUGUACAGUAUUAAAGUCUCCAAAACAUGAAAUUGAGUGCAGACAUGAUGGUAAGGUAAUCUCAUGUGAGAGAGCCUUGGAAGGUACUGUAGCGAAUAUUAAAUGCAAAGAUGCUUUUGAAAUUGAAAAUUUUAUUUACCAACCAUACAGUGGAAUCCAAUGUACUAAGAACGGAAACUGGUCAAAUGAUUUGUUUGAUUGUAGUCCAGAAUGUGGUACAUUAACACCAAAAGGACAAGCUUUAGUAAUUAAAGGAUACACUGCAGCAGAAAUUGAAUUUCCAUGGCAUGCUGGUGUGUAUAAGAUUGAUGAUUCUAAAGGAAAGAAGUAUUAUGAACAAAUUUGUGGUGGUACAUUAAUAUCCGAAAAAAUUAUUAUAUCAGCUGCACACUGUUUUUGGGAUUUUAACCACAACAAACCAAAUGUAGAUACUGAAAAAUAUGCAGUUGCUGUCGGUAAAUUUUAUCGAUCUUGGAACAGUACCAAAGACAAAAAAUAUACUCAGCAUAGAAUGUUACAACGAAUUGUCUUACCAAGAAGAUUUCGAGCCGAAGGAAGUAGUUUCGCUAAUGAUAUAGCAGUUUUAAUAGUGAAAGAUAUCAUACAACUUACAUCAAGAGUUCGACCAAUUUGUGUUGAUUGGGGAAAUGAAUUGACCAAAACUCUUUUGAAAUCAGGCGCACUUGGCACAGUUGCCGGUUGGGGCUUAACUGAGGAAUUUGGAAAUGCUGCAGAAGAGCUGCAAGCUGUUAGAAUGCCUUACGUUGAGGAAGAUGUAUGCGUUAAUAGUCUACCAAAAACGUUUACAACUUACAUUACAAAUGAUAAAAUUUGUGCUGGUUACAAUAAUGGUACAACUGUUUGUACUGGAGAUAGUGGAGGUGGUUUAGCGUUCAAUAAAAAUAAUAGAUAUUUCUUACAAGGAAUUGUAAGCAUAUCUCCAGCAAAAGGCACAACUUGUGAUUCAUAUCAAUAUGUGGCAUUUACCAGUGUUAGUCAACAUUUGGAUUUUAUCAUGGAAAUUGAAAAAAAUAUUCAAUCAUUUUGUUGUAAAAUGUUUAACUUAAUAAGUGUUGGUGUUUGCUUUGUAGUUUUUUUUAUAACUUUAUUCAAUGGAAUCGAUUGUCAAGCUGAAGAAACUGAAGCUGACUGCGGGGAGAAUGAAAUUUAUUGUAAAAGUUUUUCUGAUCUAAGAGGAGAAUGGGUAUUUGAUACCCAUUGUAUACCCAAAGAGUUAGUUUGUCAAACUGAAUUUAUUUUCUGCGUCCUUAACAGUUAUACAUCCCUUACAGAAAAAUGCAGUUCUAUUGUAUGUAACCAAACUCAAUAUCAAUGUGCCAGUGGAGGUUGUAUACCUUUUACUUCCUUAUGUAAUUCUGUUGACGAUUGUUUUGAUAAUUCUGAUGAAAUGCUAUGCGAAGACAGCCGAGUUACAGUAAAGUGCCCAACAAAAAGGCAAGUUUCGUGUUUAUCUGGACAAUGUAUUAAUAAAAAUGGAAUAUGUGACGGUAUUAAGGAUUGUGAUGAUAAUUCAGACGAAACAUUUUCAUCAUGCGCUAAUAUCAGGUGUCCCAGCGGUACUUUCAAAUGUACAUAUGGAGCAUGUAUUGAUUCAGAAGCAGUAUGUAAUGGAGAACCUGAUUGUGUUGAUUACUCUGAUGAAUUGCUGCCAGAAUGCAAAACGAAGUUAAACGUAACUUUGUCAGAUUUAAUUUGUGGCGAAAACAAUUUCAAAUGCAACACUGGUUUAUGCAUCAAAAAAGAAAAACUAUGCGAUAGCAUUCGAGAUUGUGAUGAUGGAUCCGACGAAACGUAUCAGGAAUGUAAGAAUAAAACAUGUCCCCGAAAUUUAUUUCAAUGUGCAUAUGGAGCUUGUAUUGAAAAGGAAGCGCAAUGUAAUGGAAAAAAUGACUGUGUUGAUGGCACUGACGAAUUUGGCUGUUGUGGGAAAGAUGAAUUUGAUUGUUUGGAUAGAAACCAGUAUUUCACACAUGCAAAAAGGUGUAUUGGCAGAGAAAAAUUGUGCGAUGGUGUUCGAGAUUGUGAUAAUGGAUUGGACGAAAUGGAUUCUCAAUGCAAAAAUAAAACUCGUGGUCAAAAAACCAGAUGUAUUGUCCCUGAUCAAGCAGACAAUGGCGUUGUAAAGACAUCUUUGGGAAUGAUACCUCAACCAAAUAAACCUGCUGAAAAUGGAACUAUUUUAUUUUAUACCUGUAAUGAGGGAUACUCUUUAGAUACAACAUCUCAAGCAGUGGUAUGUGUGCAAGAUAGCUGGACAGUUUAUCCAUUACCAUCUUGCUUAAAAAAAUGUUCAGUAUUAGCGUCUCCAAAACAUGAAAUUGAGUGCAGACAUGAUGGUAAGAUAAUUUCAUGUGAGAAAGCCUUGGAAGGUACUGUAGCGAAUAUUAAAUGCAAAGAUGCUUUUGAAAUUGAAAAUUUUAUUUACCAACCAUACAGUGGAAUUCAUUGUACUAAGAAUGGGAACUGGUCGAAUGAGUUGUUUGAUUGUAGUCCAGAAUGUGGUACAUUAACACCAAAAGUACAAGCUUUAGUAAUUAAAGGAUAUACUCCAGCAGAUAUUGAAUUUCCAUGGCAUGCUGGUAUCUAUAAGAUUGAUGAUUCUAAAGGAAAGAAGUAUUAUGAACAAAUUUGUGGUGGUACAUUAAUAUCCGAAAAAAUUAUUAUAUCAGCUGCACACUGUUUUUGGGAUUUUAACCACAACAAACCAAAUGUAGAUACUGAAAAAUAUGCAGUUGCUGUCGGUAAAUUUUAUCGAUCUUGGAACAGCACUAAAGACAAAAAAUAUACUCAGCAUAGAAUGUUACAACGUAUAUUCUUACCAAGAAGAUUUCGAGCCGAAGGAAGUAGUUUCGCUAAUGAUAUUGCAAUUUUAAUAGUGAAAGAUAUCAUUCAACUUACAUCAAGAGUUCGACCUAUUUGUGUUGAUUGGGGAAAUGAAUUGACCAAAACUCUUUUGAAACCAGGCGCACUUGGCACAGUUGCCGGCUGGGGCUUAACUCAGGAAUUUGGACAUACUGCAGAUGAGCUACAAGCUGUUAGAAUGCCUUACGUUGAGGAAGAUGUGUGCGUUGAUAGUUUACCUGAAUCAUUUAAAACUUUCAUUACAAAUGAUAAAAUUUGUGCUGGUUACAAUAAUGGAACAAGUGUAUGUACUGGAGAUAGUGGAGGUGGUUUAGCCUUCAAUAAAAAUAAUAGAUAUUUCUUACAAGGAGUUGUAAGCAUAUCUCCAGCAAAAGGCACAACUUGUGAUUCGUAUCAAUAUGUGGCAUUCACUAGUGUCAGUCAUCAUUUGGACUUUAUCAUGGAAAUUGAAAGAGAAACUCGUUAAUAACUUAUCCUGCUAAUUAUUUUGUGCCAAUAAACGAACGACAAAAAAAGCAAUUUCUUUGUAUAGCAAUUAUAUCAGCAACCACAAUUAUUAAAGAAAAUUUACAAUUA